AUGCACUUCCUGCUUCUCGGCGCGACAGGGCGUACUGGCAAACAUGUUGUGUCUGAACUCUUGUCUCAAGGACAUACAGCAGUAGCUCUCGUCCGCUCUCCUGGCGGUCUUCCAGACAGUCCUGGCCUCACCAUCGUCACUGGAUCGCCGCUAUCAAAGCCUGAUAUCUCAUCAGCUCUUUCGGCUACGCCUCCUCUAACUCCUUCCGCCGCCAUCAUCACCCUGAACACAGUCCGCGAGUCUGACAGCCCUUUCGCACGUCAGCUUUCACCUCUCCGCUUCCUAGCCGACUCAUGCGCCAAUGCUUGCGAAGUCCUCCAGCAGGCCGGCGUCCGUCGUAUCGUGGUCAUGUCGACAGCUGGCGUUGGUGAUUCUUGGUCGAAGAUGCCAUGGCUUUCGAAGGCAUUCAUGAGCUGGACCAACAUCAAGUUCGCCCCGGAAGACCACGGUCUCGUGGACAAGGAGAUCCGUUCUACAGAGAUGGAGUGGACACUUGUUAGGGCAGUAAGACUCGAAUUCGAUGACCCUAAGUUACCGAGUCAGACCAACACCAAGGCGGAAGUGGAGACGCUGGGUAGCGACGGUGCCGGAAUACGCGUGACUGACAGCGUCAGUGUUCGUAGUGCGGCAAGAUUUCUCGUCAAGGUUGCAGUUGAGGGUCUCUUCAUCGAAAGUGCAGUGGUAAUACGGGAUUGA